UGUCAUUUUGAACUAUUACAGAUACUUCAUUCGAACCUUCUGUUGCACUGGCAAGUCUGGUGCAGCACAUACCAUUACAGAUGAUUACAGUACUCAUCAGGAGCCUUACUACAGAUCCAAACGUGAAAGAUGCAAGUAUGACUCAAGCUCUUUGCAGAAUGAUUGACUGGUUGUCCUGGCCUCUGGCUCAGCAUGUGGAAACAUGGGUGAUUGCACUGCUGAAAGGGCUGGCUGCUGUCCAGAAAUUUACCAUCCUCAUUGAUGUCACUCUGCUUAAGAUUGAAUUGGUCUUUAAUCGACUUUGGUUUCCUCUAGUGAGGCCUGGUGCCCUUGCUGUCCUCUCCCACAUGUUACUUAGUUUUCAGCAUUCUCCAGAAGCUUUUCAUUUGAUUGUCCCACAUGUAGUCAGUUUGGUUCAUUCCUUCAAAAGAGAUGGCUUACCUUCCAGUACAGCCUUUUUGAUGCAGUUGACUGAGCUGAUACACUGUAUGAUGUACCAUUAUUCAGGAUUUCCAGAGCUCUAUGAACCCAUUCUGGAAGCUGUUAAGGAUAUGCCCAAACCCACUGAAGAGAAGAUUAAGUUGGUUCUCAGUCAAAGUGCCUGGACUUCUCAAUCCAGUUCUUUGCCAUCUUGUUUAUCUAGACUUUCUGGAAAAUCUGAAACUGGGAAGACAGGUCUAAUUAAUCUAGGAAAUACUUGCUACAUGAACAGUGUUAUUCAGGCACUCUUUAUGGCUACAGAUUUCAGAAGACAUGUUUUAUCUCUGAAUCUAAAUGGGUGUAAUUCACUAAUGAGAAAAUUACAGCAUCUUUUUGCGUUUUUGGCCCAUACCCAGAGGGAGGCAUACGCUCCUAGAAUUUUCUUUGAGGCUUCCAGACCACCAUGGUUCACCCCUCGAUCCCAGCAGGAUUGCUCAGAAUAUCUCAGAUUCCUGCUAGACAGGCUGCAUGAAGAAGAGAGAACCUUGAAAGCAUUGUCUUCAGCAAAGACUUCUGAAAGUAUAAUGAAUGAAGAGUCCCAGGCACAAGAAGCUGUCCAUAAAGCACAAAUACUUGCUGAAGCACCUUGUAUGGGAAGUGAAGAAAGAACUCUGAUAGAGAAGAUGUUUGGAGGAAAACUGAAAACUACUAUAUGCUGUUUGAACUGCAAAAGUAUGUCUCAAAAGGAAGAAGCUUUCACAGAUCUCUCUCUGGCUUUCUGUCCUCCAACUUCCUUGGAGAACGUUGGCCCAAAAUGUGUGGAACGUUCUGAAGUGAAAGGCGACUACAUGGUGCAAACUAAUACUUUAGCAACUAGUCCUGCUGGAGAAGCACCUCUCAAUAACUCUGAAGUAAAUGAUGGCUGUGACACAGUAAUGAAUGAAGGAACCAUGAAAGAUUUCUCUGCUGAGCCAAACUCUGAGAAUACCACAAAUUCUGAACUCAACAAAGUUCAAGAUAAUAGGGAUAUGCCUCAGAGGCUAGUAGGUAAAAACACCCUGUCAGUUACAGACUUACUGAAUUAUUUUCUGGCACCUGAGAUCCUCAGUGGAGACAACAAGUAUUAUUGUGAAAAGUGUGCCUCUCUACAGAACGCUGAGAAAACUAUGCAAAUCAUUGAGGAACCUGAAUACCUCAUUCUCACUCUUUUGAGAUUUUCAUAUGAUCCAAAGUGUCAUAUAAGGCGCAAAAUCUUGGACAAUGUGUCUCUGCCACUUGUUUUGGAACUGCCAGUCAAAAGAGCAACGUCCCCUCUAGCUGUCGUUUCAGGAGGUUGGUCUGUUGGUGUUGAGAUUUCUGAUUUUGGAGAAAACCUUGCUAAAAAACUGAAGCCCUCAGGUGCUGAUGAAGUGACCUGCCCACAAUUGGUGCCCUACAUGUUAAGCUCUGUGGUAGUGCAUUCUGGUGUGUCAUCUGAAAGUGGACAUUACUAUUCAUAUGCUAGAAAUGUUACUGGGUCAGGGCCUUCAGGACUCUGCCACCAGUCUACAGCUCUUCCUUUAGUUUUUCCUCAGGAUAAGUUGUUGACAGAGGAGAGCCCUUGUACUGUUGUAGAAAAUGAGCUGGACACUGAGAUGCCAAGAGAAUGGUUUCUGUUCAAUGACAGCAGAGUGACAUUUACCUCAUUUCAGUCAGUCCAGAAAAUUACCAGUAGAUUUCCAAAGGACACUGCUUAUGUUCUGUUUUACAAAAAACAAAAUAGCACCUGUGGCUUCAACACCAAUUCGGCAAAUGGACUCUGGGUAAAUGGAGACCCUCCCCUACAAAAAGAACUCAUGGAGGCAGUUACGAAAGAUAACAAACUGUACUUGCAGGAGCAAGAGCUUAGUGCUCGAACACAAGCACUUCAAGCUGCCUCAGCCUCAUGCUCUUUCCGACCCAAUGGAUUUGAUGACAACGACCCCCCGGGAAGUUGUGGACCCACAGGUGGAGGAGGAGGGGGUGGGUUCAGUACUGUUGGUAGAUUAGUCUUUUGACUACGAAGACAACCUGGAAUACACUGGUUCCAAAGCAGCCCAGUACUGCUGAGGACAACUAAAAUAUUGAACUUUGUCAGAUAUUGUACCAAGUUUUGAGACUUGAUCCUUGUUCAAAAGCAAAUGUUGGGGUUUUUUUGGUUAUGUUUUAUUUGAAAUAAAUAAGCGCAUAAUGGAAAAAAACUACCUCUUAAAAAUUCAGUUGCUUUUAUAGUAAGAUAUGCUUGCCCAAAAGACAGAAAAUGGAUUUUUAAGUAGUUGCUAAUGAUACUGCAUUAAACUGAACAAACGCACUUACAUCAGUUUCUAUUGUCCUCAUCCGCUGAAUGAAGAAAGUUCAUUUUUUACUCUGACGGUAUUGCUUCAUGUGGAAAUCCUUUCAGAUGGGCUAAACUGCAUACAUAGUCCCUCACCCCCACCUUAAUUUCAAAUCCAGUACCUUUAUGGAUUUCCAGAAAUGAUGCAAUUUAUAAUGAAGGCAAUAACUUAAAUGUGACAUGACACAGUACUUUCCAGAUUAAAAUUUAUUCAAUAUAUUUCCACUGUAAAUGUAAAGAAGAAAAAAAUAAUUUAUAAGUAUUUGCUAAGUUGUUUUCCAAAAAAGUGCAUGUUCUGUAGGAACAAUGUUUUUAAAUAGAAGUUGUUAACUUUGUAGCAUUUCUAAUUGUUUUGAGGAUUUUAAAAUUAUUUCAGGGAAUAUAUCUGCUGUGUAUUGGAAAGGAAGACAUUCUGUAUGUGCCUUGCAGUACUGUAACUUAAAACAAACUUUCCGAGGCUGCAGAAAAGGGGAAAAAUGUGUUAGUAGUCAACUAUUUUUUGUCAAUAUUGGAAAUUAAGACCUUUAUAGAAAGCUAUUAGGUUUCCAGAUGUAAAAAAUCUGGUAGUUUGAAAUGCAUUGUGUUGCCCAUUAUCUUUUGAUUUAAAAAAAUACAUACCUAGUGAUUGAUAACUUUCAUGGCCUGCAUUGCUGAGAAAAGCUGGUCAUAAAUACUGAACUAUGUUUGUGAAAUCAUAGAGAGGCUACCUGUAUCGAUCCUUGCUGAGGAUCUGUGCUUCUAAGACUCCCUUGAAGUUUUGCCUUCUGAUUUUGCUUGUAGUGAGAAAUUUCAGCUGCCUGCGGAAGACCAGUAUGAUACUGCCUGAUGGAGUAGUGUUUGCUUGCUGGUUAGGCCAGCAGAGGUUGAGGAUCCACACUUUUAGUCUUGGCAGAAAUAGCGACUUUGGUUUUGAUGUGCAAUGAGGAUAACAGAAGUAAAGGAGUUAUACUGUUGAAUCUGGUGAUUGAUUCUUGACUUGAAUAAUCUUGUAGUGAAGUGUAAAUUUAUUUAAAGUAUUUUUACAAAAUUCUGCACUGUUUUACUGUGGUUUUAUAUUUUACUAGGUGACAAAGUGCAUCCUUAAAAAGCAUGCAAACCUGGCAGGUGUUAGCUUAACUGUACAAAAUAAAUUUCUUAGAAAAUGCCUUUAAAAAGCAUAAAAUAAGUUGAGGUAAUUAAACCUUGUUCAUAUUAUAUCAAAUAUAUGGAGUUUAGUCUGAAAGGUAACUUAGCUUGCAAGCUAUUUUUAUAUUAUCACUGAAACUGUUUGCUCUGCUAUAGGUUCAUAUGUUACUGCUCGAGAAAGCUCUAGAGCAGCUCAUUUUCAUUUUUCAGUAGUUUCCAAGAUCUGUUUUGACCAUUUGUAGUACCUUGGCUUUGACCUACCCUUUCAUUGCUAUCUCAGUUGUAGGUCUCUGAACCAGGGGUUUGGCUGUGGAGAUGUGGAAUGCUAUGAGACGCGUGUGAGGAACGUUCUCGUUUUGUUGUGCUUGGACAAGGUUUUCUUGAAAGCUCACUUCGCCUUGAAAUUCUGUAGCUUUCAGUCUGAGAGGGUUUUUUAUUUCCUUUUAGGCUUCUCUACCAGUUAGCUCGGGUUUGAAAAUGUUUUGUAUGACAGGUUGAUUUGGCUUUUCUCUCCCAAAUUAUGAGGACACACUAAAAAGCUGUCUACUGUUUGCAUUACAAUGGGAGUAUUUUGUGUCUCUGUAUCAAUUUACUGUUCAUUUUAAAACACUACUAAGUAGAAGCAGGGGGAAGUGUUUUUACUCUCUAUAAAAUCAUAAUUUUGUAAAGGUCAGUUUUGUUUUUAUGUUUUCACAGUAAAAAUACAAAUUAUGUAGCCUACCUAAAAAUAAUGUGCAGUGUGAGUUUUGUAUACUUAUUGUUCUAUAUUUAUUUCAUGAGCUCUUAGAAGGCUUUCUACACCCUUGUUUGCCUGUUCUAAAUUAGGUGUUAAAUAUGGAAAUUUUAUGAGAGUAAUGCCAAUAGGGUUGGAUCUCCUUAGGUAUAAAAUGAUGGUAUGUCUCAAAUGGAAAAUAACUUCUUUGUUUCCCCUUGUUGACUUCUGUUGACGCAGUUACUUUGGGCUUUACAAAUGGAUUUUAAAAUUCAGAAUACCUAUUUGCAAGUCUGCUUGCUGACCUGAAAACCAUCAUAGGCCGAUUCAUACCUUACUUGGAAGGUUUCAAUAAAACUAGUGAAAGUGGAGAAGUAUUUCACACUCUAAAAUGUACACCUUUUUUCAUUGUUUACAGUAAUGGUGUUGCAUGCUCCUAUCUUCUGGACAUAAUGUGAGAGAACUAUAUAUAUAUAUAUAUGGUACUUCGAUUUCUGUUACCUGUGAAUGAAUGCUGGGUGGCUUGUGUAUUGACCUUUUUGGCUCCAUUCUUAAUUUCGAAGUUGUUUCCUUUCAUGAAGGAUACACUAUUGUACUGAACUCAAGGGGAUAGUAUGUCUUUUAAAUUCAUAUUUCUUUUUAACAAGAUGCAUUGUGUUUUGGUCUUUGUUUUAAUGGUCAGUGGAGUUGUAUUAACUUUCUUCCAUACAGUUCAUUUUGUACAGGUUUUUUCUUGUGGAGCAUUACAGUGGACUGCUGUGAAUGUCACCCCUAACGAGUGAUUACAAUAUCUACAAGCCCAUCUAUCCAGGAUGAGGAGGGAAAAGGCUUCUUUAGCUAAGUAAAGAAAUCACACCUUCUGGCUAGCUCUCUUUUCUUCCUUUUUUUUCCCCCCUCCUUGUUCCCUACUCUGGAAAGUUAAAUAUUUUAUCUUCUGUAUGCUCUGGAAGUUUAAUUUCAUGGGUAGGCCUUUUUUUUUUUUUAUCUGUAGCAGGAAGGUUGUUUAUAGAGUCGGAAUACUGCUUUUUUUUUUUUUUUUGUAUGAAUGAUAGGCAAAGGGCAUAAGCACUGUGAGCUAAAGGAGUGUUAGAACAAAAGCAAGUGGAUAUAAACUUUCUGUAAGUAAGAUUUAGAUUAGAAGCCAAGUUCCUAAUUACUAGAACUAAUUCUGGAACAGCCUUCCAGGCAGAGACCUGCUUUGAAGGAAGAGCCAAGCGUAUCUAUGAAGGACAUAAAAUGCAAAGUGGUGUCUCAGUAGUAGGCAACUAGACUUGAUAAACCAGAGGUCCCUUCUAGUCCCUUGCUAGAGUUUUGCACUUCUGUUGGGCUUCCUGUCUUGACACAUUGCUAGUUUUGUGUAAACAAAAGGAAUACUAUACUACCCCAUAACAGCAGCAAAGGUUUACUGCUCAGUUUUGGGUAGUGUUGGUCUCUGAUUUAGGGGAGCAAGGCAUAAAAAUUAAGUGAUGGAAAGUAGAAGCCGGGAUGACUUGUGGUCCAGAGAAAUGUGCUCAGUUUCUAACACAAGGGCAAUUCCCUGGUUAACAACCUACUUUGUGAUGUAAAGCGCUUGAUGUCCUCAGUAGGCUGUAAUCAAAUGUAAAUUACUGGAUUUUUUUUCUAUGGGUGAGCAAAAUGAUCUAUGAUCUAAACAGGAUCAGAAUAGAUGAUGUUAAAAACUUUCAUGUUCCCUACAGCCAGUUGUUGUAGGUCUACCUUAAUUCGAAUUCGUAGCAAUGAGUAAUAUGCUCUUAAAUCACAUAGGUGUCAGGUUAAAUGUAACAGUUGAGAACCAAAAAUUGUGUGACACUUCGGCUUGUGUACAAGCCUAUGUUCUGCGUGGGCUUAAGAGCUAGUGAGUGUCCCUGGUUCAGCAAGUGGGUUGAAGAGACUUGGCCUGUGAGUUGAGCUGUGGCUGUGAUCAGAUGCGGGCUGUGAUAUGUGGUGUAGCGUUGGCUUACCACGCAUGCUUUUUAUUUUUUUAAAUGCACACACAUGCCCCCAUUCACUAUGAGUCUUGCUUUUGCUUGAAUGAAAGUAUCCAGAUAAAAGGGAAAACAACUUAAAACCAGCGAGAGUGAAGCAGAUAUGAAGGUUUUUAAAUACAGUGUGCUGCUUUCUUAUUUAAAAAAGAAGUAAUUUUUUCUGGAUUCUUGGCAUGUAUGUGGAUUCAGGAUACACAUUUCUUGUUCCUUUUUUUUCUCCAGUGUGGAUAAUAUUUUUAGGAAUCAGUUGUAGAAGUGCUGGAGUAGGCAUGUCAAAAUGCACAAUCUGCCACUGCCACCUUGGUAAGCAGCAUGCUACCACAUGCACUGAAAUGCUGGGAUACCUGCUGGCUGGCUUUCCCAGAUGUUGACUGGGAAGAGCAGCUGCCACCUGUGAAUUGUGCCUUGCUGGGUGGCCAUUUGGGACCUUCACCAUCCUCUGCACAUCUGGGUGGCCAGAGGCAGCCACCCUGGGGUGCUGCUUCAGCACAUGUCUCUGCAGCAGGGGCCGCAAGAGAAGUCUGGUGUGCUUGCUCAAGUGGGGCGUAGUCCCCAGCCCCCUUAGAGACACCCAGGGUAGCUCAGGGGCCCCUUGCAGCACUGACGGGGACUGGCACCUGUGGCAUGCAGAGGUUGGGUGGUCACACAUGGAGUUAGAGUGUGGGAAGGAAGGGCAGGGAGGCAGUGAAGAAGUGCUGGUGCAAGACUAAAAUGAGACUGCUGAACUGCAAAAAGGAAAGGAUGGGUCUGAUCUGAUUUAGAAGUUGUGUAUGUUCUAAUGAUAAUUUCACAUGUAUCUGCUGAAGUUGUAACUUUAGUGUAAUUCCACCAAAGGAUACUCUGUCAACAAUGCUUUGUUAUCCAAGCCUAAUCCUUCUAAAAUUUCCAUUAUAUCAGUGUACUUGAGGGGGGAAAACCCCCUGUCAGUAAACAUAUUUUCAAAUAUGCUGCUGAGGAAAGUAUUUCAGAUUAAAAAAUGAAUUCAGCAACAGGAUAUGUGCUUGGGCUAGCAGCUGUAGUAUCAUACAGCAUCCUCGAGGCCAGUGGCCUCCAAACUUUUUUUGACUGCAUGCCCCUAUCAGUAAAAACUUAAGUGUGCACCCAAUAUGUGUAUAUUUAUUUAUUUAUAACCUAUAUAUGUACUACUGUCCUAAUAUAUUAUGUACAUACACAAGAGUAGAAAUUGAAAAAGUAUGAGAUAAAGAUUAAAUAAAUGCUAUUUUUAUUUAAAAUUUUGUUUAUUAAUGGUACAAAAAAUAGUUUUCUUCUUGCAUACACCCUGGGGUGCACGCACCUCACUUUGGAGACCACUUCUCUGGGCUAUAGUCUUGUAAAGAGUUUUUUAACUUGAUUGGAACAGGUAUGAGAAUUGACCUGUUCAUAAUAAUGGUUCCUUUUACUCGGCGAAUAUAGACUGUUGUCAUUACUUUAUGCUGCAUGACCACGUUUUGGAUCUGUGUUUAUUCUGAGUUCUUAUAAAAUUUCAUGCAAGGGCUGUGAACUGUUUCACCAUUUGUUUUACUACAGUGUGCAUUAAAUGACAAAAAAGAAGUGUCAGCCUUCAGUGGUUUGCGGAGAUGCAAAGCAAAAAUCCCCAGUUCUGAGGGGAGGGCAUAUCCCUUGCCAAAUGGAGGAAUGUGUUAGUACUUGGCUUUAAAGGUCUGUGCGGUUUUUCAACUGACUCACCCUUUCUCAAGUGUUCUCUAAAGAAUUAGAAUACUUAGUACUGUAUUCCUUAAAAGAAAGUUAUUUAAUUUUCCUGCUGUGUCUUUCAUGGUGUUUUUUCUAUUGAACUACAGUUGAAACCACUUUGGCAGUAUUCCUGUUCUUAAAUCUUGCUGUUGUAAACUGGCAUAAAUGUUUAAUAGUAUUUCAUAUUGGUUUUUAAAAAUGGAUGGGGCAAAUGAGUGCUUUACUGUACACGUGUUGGGCUGCAUAAAGAAGUCAAAAUAUAUAUUUUUAAAGGCCUCAGAAGGUGUCUGACAGUACCGAAGUUUUUAUGUGUUUGACUUGAAUUGAAAGGCAAAUAUUCUAGUAAAAUAUAACAGUGGUAGGUUGGGUGGGUUUGGGAUUUUUUUGGAAUUGUAAAUUAUAUUUGUAAAUCUCACCUUGAAGGAUCUCGCACAAAAACAUGGAAAAAUAAGUCAGAGCAGAGAACUCUUAAUGGGCCAACUAGAUCUGGAGGACCAAGUGUAGGCAAUAGUUGAAUUUCGUGUGUAUUUCAGUUGCAGUGAUAUGUCAAUGUUUCAUUUGAGUUGUCUUCUCAAUUGGUGUUACUUAAAUCUUCCAGGAAGAUGAAAUGACCUUCAACUUGUUGAACUAAUAAAGAACAUCAUCAUUGUUUAAAAUGCAGCAGUUCUCAAUGAACGUGGAAGUUAUGGCACAGAACCGUUCAGGCCUCCUUUACAUAAAGACAAGGUUUUCGAAGGCUGGUUUCAACCUUUGUGUAUUUCUCCUCAAAUUUCCCCAGACUACAAGUUGAAAGGAGGUUUUUGGGUUUGAUUGUUUCUCUUAUCUACCAGAAUAUGUAGGAAACUCAAACAAUUAACAGGCCAGUUAAUAAUCUGUAAAUUACUCCUGCAUGGUGAAUUGUGUGAGAGGGAAGGGAAAGGCUUGGGUUGCCCUUAGAAUGUGUAGUUUGAAGUUGAGUCUCCUCUAGUUGGCUGCCCACACCUCCCUCUGGCAUUAGAAACAGCUGCCUUUAUGUGGUCUCAGGAUUAAGCUUGGUACUGCCUGUGAGGAUAAAAUCGUGGGAACCUCCCCUUCAUCCAGGAUGUAUUCAGGCUAAUUGAAGAAUUAUUUUUGACCUGAGCUGUUUUGGUUUUGCUUUAAGUAACUUGAACCUAACUGCCAAGGUAAAGGACAGAUCAAGCUUUAACAUAGUAAAGGACCUAAUCAUAAUUUAAAAAAAAUAAAUGACUUGGCUCCAGUAGGAGCUGCUGGUUCUCUGCUGUGCUUUAAAAUCCCAGGGCUGCAAGAGGUGUUUCCUACUGAUGAGACCAUGAAAACAGCAGCUUCGCAAAAUUAAUUGGGGAAGGGAAUUGGCUGCAGUAUAAACAAGCAACUAGGUGGAUGAUUUCAUCAUUUGGUUUUGUCUGCUGUAUUUUGAAUUUGGGGAUUGAUGUGAAUGAAGACGUGUGUGGGUAUAGUAAGCGAUAUGAAUCUGAGGACAUGGAAUAGGAAGCAAACCGGCCUCAAGUACUUAAAAGAAGUUACUAACAUUUCUGCGGAAGAAGGAUAGGUUCCUGGAAUGCAAUGCUAGGUAGUGUCUGUGUGAUCUUGCAUGGCAGCCUACAAGAGUCCUGCUGCUCCCAUGCUUUCACAGGGUGUGUUAAGGUGGAAGGCAUGUAUAGGGAGACUGAGAUGUUAUUGGUACACUAGGCCUGAAAUGCACCCUCUGUUCAUAGACCACAGACUUAAGUGUAGUCAUAGAUGAAGAGCAUUUCCUUUCAUUGCAGGUAUGGAGGAGCAGAGUAUUUUUUUUUCUGAAACUUCUCAUUUUUCUGGGAGCAAAUUAAUAUGGAGUUUGUACAUUGUGGUCAAUAUUUUUUCUCCACUUGUGAAUACAUAGCAUAAGCCAGAAGUUGGGAGGAACUUCAAGGGAGUAAGUUUGUAACUGCUUAUUUGACAAGACUGCUUUUAAAUUCUUAAGUCAGCUCAUCUCCAUCUUACUUGGUCUCCUUUGGUGCUAAGGAUGUUCUGAGUGAGAGAGACCAGGAUGAACUAUAGAGUAGCAGCUCUUUCACAUUCCCCAGCUCACAUUCUGGGAAUGGGCAUGAAUGUUCAGCUUUGGAGAGGAUUUGAUGAAAGGAAAACAACCAGAGGAUUUUAAAAAAGGGGAGGGAGAUACUGGAAAGAAACGUGAGCAAGAGCUUCGGAGUGGGGUGGGGGGGUAUGCAAAGCUGUGGAUUUCCUACUCUUUGAGACCAGGGAGAAGAUGUUUAAGCAAAACCUUACCAACUUCAUGUCAUGUGCAUAUAUAGAAUGUAUCAUGGAAGAAAAAAUAUGGCAAAAAGUAUAGCAAUCGUUGGUCAAUGUAAUUGUGACCUACUUGUGUUUUCAUUGUUAUCUGAGCUAAACUAAUGCCCAGCCUCCUAUCCACCUGCAUUGUAUUCAAGCAAAUUUUUUUGGAUAGAAGUAAAUAUUUUGGAUUUUGUCUUUUUAACUUAAUCUCCUUUGGAUACAGCUAUUAAUUUUUUCCCAAUAAUUCUUUUGCCUGAAUAUUCUCCCUCCCUGCUUUUUUAAAGGUGAUGCACUAGUGUGUGUGGGGGGGUUGUAUAAUAAGAAUAAGUCCAAUCUGAUGGGAUAGGUAUUUUAUUUUAGGUCAUUCAUAGCCUCAUCCCUGAAACCUCCUUAACCCCAGAUUUUUUUAGGAUAGAUGUUCUCCUUCAGAUCACUGGGACUCAGCAAGAUUUAUUUACUCUUUACUCCCCUCCAACUUUAAGUGCCCUCAUGAAAAACUGAGGGGAUGCAGCCAGAUACUCAGUGGGUAAGAGAAACUGCAGUAUCACUAAGCAGGGAAAAUGGUAAUUUGGACAGCUUUCUCAGCAGCUCUGUGUGUGGUAGUGGUUUUCACCAGUUCUGCCCUAUCCAUUUGGCAACUCUUAUCUCUCUUAUCUUGCUCUCCCCUAAACAAAUUCAGUGGAAUAAAUGAUCAUGAUACUUACGGAAUGUUUUGUGCUGUGGCUUCAUCGAUGUUGUGGUGGUUUCCCUCCUCACAUCCACUCUCCCCCUCCUCAUGUCCCUUGCAGCUGCAUUGUCAACUCUGAUGCUGACCUCUCCAGGACACAGACUAUAUCUUCUACACUGCAUGCCUGUCAGUACAGGGCUGUUUGUAAUGGUGGUUUUUUUCGUGGUUAAUUUUUAAAUGCUACUGUGAUAAAAUCAAUUCCUAGAUGUGUCAAACAUGGGAUAACAAAAAUGCAAUUUAAAAACUUAAAAUGAACUGUUGUGUGUACAUGACCUAGUGCGACUUUCUGUAAAGCCUCUGUUUUGCAUGUGAAAAUUCAGGCAAGUAGCAAUUACAGUAAGAAGUUUUGUGUUUCUUCAACCCUUUAAGAACUCCUGCUAAGGAAUCUAUAUGCCCACUGGUAGAAGGAAGUAGUAUAGUGGUAGGUAGCUUCAGGUGUCUGUAGGGAAUUGCGUUAUGAAGAGGUUCUCACAAAGGCCUAUCACUAUUCAUUUUUAUGCAAAGGCUUGUGGUUGCAGGUGCUUGAACCAUCAACACUUCGAUACCAAAUUGGGCAUUUUUAUGUUUGGCUCUGAAUAAUGCUGGACUUACAGGGCAGCACAACCAUUCUGCUGGUGAUGGGGCUUGGUGAUUCAGUGUUGGCUGGAGGGAAUGGCAAAUUAUGGUGCUCUCCACUCAGAUGAAGCCAUGGGCACUGGUGGUGAUGGUCGGGGGUAACAGAAAUGUUGACUUAGUUUUCUUCACCUGGAAGUCAGAGUGAACUAAGUGACACCACUUAGUCUGACUGCCAAGUAGAAGCUUGCCCUGUAUUUGCAGGGUAUGAAAAGUGAUGAAGAUUGUGUGACUUCCAAAUGCAUUACUACUUUUGAGGGCAGAGGAAUCUCUGAAAUUAAAUUUUACAGUUGUUAGCUGUAAAUUAAUCUGUGCAUAUGGAUAUGGGAAGGAAUAUUUCUGAUUAAAACUAUCCUGACUCAAGUAUUCCUGUAUAGUCUUGCUUGUUUUUUCUCUAACUGACCUACUUCAGACAUCAGAGUUGCAACUUCAGCUGUGUUUUGUUUUCAGGGACUUCUGUACAUCCUUUGCAUCUCGAUGUAAGGUUUUAACUUGCUUUGAGUAACAUAAGCUUUUAUAAAUACAGUGCAAGUAUUAUAAUUUAAAUACAAGUUGUUUAACACCACUUUGUUACUGAGGUCCCUGACGUGCUGUAUUAAUUCUGGAGUAAUUAUGUGUAUAUCCAGUAGAGAGCACUAAUGACACUGCUAUCUUUUAGUUGACAUUCCCAUCAAAUUAUUCAGUGUUGUCUUACGAUUUUGAGCUAUGGAGCACUGGGCUGGGACUGUAUGUUUUUCUCUGAAUUGGUGCAUGGCCGAAGCUCUGAAAAAAGGGGGGGGAGGGAGGAGGAGAAUGUAAAGCAGGAGCCCACAGGAGAUGCUAAACUAACACUUGCCCACAGUUUGGAGUCACAGCAAUAGUCCGGUCUCUCCUUUGCAUUGAAUAGCUAAGCUAAGGCCAUUAAUGUGGCAGCUGAUCAGCAUCCCUCUUGGAGCAGCUAGUACCAGGACUGGCAGGAUAAAUGGCUGACUGCUGGUGCUGUGGGUAUCUUAAAUGUCUCGGGGAAGUCAAUGGUAUAACCAAGAUGGUUCCUGCUUCUUGUGCAUACGCAAAAUCUUAUCAGCAGAGGCUAAAAAAGCAUUUUUAUUAAUAAUCUUUUUGUGUCUGCUUUUGCUUCAGAGCCAAGACAGCUAAGCUGAACAUGAGAGAAUUUACUGAAGCUGAAAUUCCUCAUGAGUCCUCAUGGAUGAGGUAGCAUGAGUGAGAAAGAUUAACUUGUCUUUGAGGCGUCAAAUGGAGUUUGUGGCCAGUGGUUUAAAAAUAACCAUUCCUUUACUCACUUGGUGAGACAGUUAGAUGGAGCCAAUGAGAAAAUAUAAACAGACCCAUAAAAAAAAGUUUCAAAAUAACUUUGGGAGAAUAUCUCAAAUUUGUGUCCUGGGUAAAAGGUCUCUCACCAUGCUGCCCAGCAGUCCAACUGCAUCUGCUCAUUCUAGCUCGGUGAACUGUUAGCCUUACUUCAGGAGCAUGAAGAUGCUGCCUGUAGAAGAAAAAGGUGUUUUAAUUCUCCCUUAGGGUUAUAGAAGAAUUUUAAUAAUGUGACCUGGGUAAAUUAAUCUUCCUAAAUAUACAGGCAAUCUAAACCAAUCACGCUGAGAGAAGUGUGAGUUAUAGUAAUUCAUCUCAGUCUUGGAUUAAUUUAAGAAUAACUGUCUGGAGGCAAUAUCUUUAUUACAUUAUUUGUAAGGACCUAAAGAAAAAAAAAUCAGCCACACUAUGAAGCUGAGCAUGAACUUGUAGUACUACCUCUAGGCUUAUUGUAUUAGCUGAUGUUUGGUUUGAAUUCAGUUUAGGAGACCGCAGUAUUAUCUCAGGAACAACUCCCAAUUUUUAUCCUUGCCUCUUUACUUCUAAUACAAAAGAUUCUAUUCAACAUGUGGGGGAAAAGAUCUAAGCAUGAGUGAGAUAAUGUUUAUCUAAAUAAACUAUGUGACUUACAGUAUUAAAAAAAAUAGUAUCUUUCUAUGUUUAAAAGUCCAAUUGGUGUGGAAAAUCUGCUUGCUUGGAGGAGAAUGUUUAUUGGUUAGAAGAAUUUUAGGUUUUCCUAAGUGAAAAUGGGUACUUUUAAGAGAGCAGUCAUAGUUGUUGCUGGAAGAUAGAUGAAGUUUGUGUAUUGGUUUUUGAUAAAAUGAAUGCAAUUAAUUAAUGCAGCUAUCACAUCAGUUAAUUCUUUUUUGCUUUUAAUUGCGCUUGUCAAUUGGUCCUAAAAUCUACCAUCUGGUAACAAUCUGCAUUAAAAUACUGGCCUGCCUGAAAUUAAUGGGAUUCUUGCCAUGGACUUCAGCAGGUCCAGGAUUUCACUCGGCUCUUCAUCUUGCAUGACUAUUGCUAUUCCAGGGUGUGGCAAAUAUACUAUAUUCUGCAUCCUGAUUUAUGUGAGCAUUUGCUGAGCAGAUGUUGGGGAGUUAAACUUGUUCAUCUCAGUCCAUCUUUCCUACAGCAAGUG